UGUAGGUCUUCUUAGAAAAAUGGUGCCAUAUUGACGAUUUAUUUGUACUGCACGGACCGACAAACCAGGUUUAUAGGUCCGUGUUUACUGCAAACACGUGCAUAAGUUCGUCAAAUACAAUAACAAGGAAAAAUAAAAAUAAAUACACAAAAAAUGACAGCGAUGAACAAGGAAAGAAAUGGAUUCACAUAAAGGCAAAAUGUGAUUAUUUGAACACAGACUAAUACAAGUUGUAUUCAUACGAAAAGAGAUAUAUUCAGUUGUUAAAUAGUGAAUUGUUUUCCUGGUCAAGGCGAGGAUGGACGAAACGUUGUUGUAAGAACACAUGUUUAAAUGCUGAAGUCGGAUUUAUGCUAUAGGCGCUGAUCAAUAUGUUAUAAUUGUUAAACGUCACAAGUCAGCGAAUGUGCGUGUACUAUUUCCACUUUUAUAAAUAAAAAAAUCUCAAAGUGUAUGAAAAACAGCGUAAAGGUAUUUAACUAAAGUCUAUACAGCGGAAGACAGGGAAAUUAUCUCCGCACCUAACAAGCUAUGUGAUAAUAAGCAAAAACUCGUUUGGUUGAAGUAUUCGAUUAUUUGCCAAAAUCGGAAGAUUUAUUUGUGUACCAUAUCAUAUUUGUGAGUGUUCUUUUUGUUUUCAUUUACUCUUUAAGGUACUCUAUGUACAAUUCUGUGGAUUUGGGAUUCUUGGUACCCCCAAACGUGUAUUAUAAUGGUGCCAUUUGAAAGGGUUUUACGGGAAGGGAAAUAGGCAAACAAAUAUGCCGAAAACAAUAUCACAACAAGUUACAAUUGAAGUUGAAUUAAUUUGAUGCGUAAACAUACAGUACCUUUUAUUACUAGUACUGUGUGUGGAUAUGUGGGAACACUAUCGGAAACUGUAAAGAAGGCUGAUGACACAAUUCCCUCGGGUCAUAUUGUGAUAAGGUCCGAGAUUUAUCAUUGUGACGAAACAGACGUUACGUAACAUUACGUCAACUUACUAGUACUACUGUACACGUGUUCCAUCGGAGAAUACAUACAACAGCGAUCUAGCUACUUUAUUUAACCUAGCUACUUAGAUACUGGGUGAAAAGAUAUUUAAUAAACACAUCGAGAUAGAGAAGAAAUACAGCUUUAAGUGGAAGCGAAAACUGCGUUAAUAUGUGCACAACAAAUAAAAAUGGAAAAAAGUCUUCAAAAAUACGGAAACGUGUACUAGGAGAAAACGGGAUGACGGAGUCGCAGGAUUAUUAUCAACUCCAUCAGGACAACGUGGAUUCAGAAAGAUCAAAGGAUAACGUUGAGGGACGGACCCUCGAAAAGCUUGUCUAUGUGGCGGCAACACUGGGGAUCCUUGUAUUGACACUCGUCGUCUCUAGCCAGCAAUGGGCCAUGCCGUUUUUGUUUGCCGUCCUCUCGCCACUUAUAAUUGGAAUCAGAAUGAUAUUCUACUGGAAACUGAAAUGGCAGUAUUUCAUGAUCGACUUCUGUUAUUUCGCCAACGCUCUGACAUAUGUGUUUCUCUGGUUCCCGGAACACGAGAACUUGUAUCGGGCGGUGUUUGCCGUGGCGAACGGCCCGGUGUUGGUUGCGGCUGCAGUGUACCGCAACUCGCUAGUGUUCCAUCACCACGAUAAACUCACUUCCUGUUACAUACACUUUAUGCCGCCUCUGCUCACGUUCUGCGCUCGCUGGUUCCCGGCGCAGACGUCCCUGUUCUGGUGUCGGACCUUUGCUGCCGAGGUGCCACCAUUUAGCCCCGUCUGGAUGUACGCCGUACCAUUUGUCUUCUUCCUUCUCCACUCGGUCACAUAUUUUCUGAUUGUCAACGUGUUUGUGAAGCCUGAAGACCCAUACGUGACAAGCUACGCUUACCUUGCCGUAAAAUAUGAACGCCUAAACUGCAUUGGAGGGAAAUGGGGCCAGGCUCUUGCUUACUACUCACUCAACUGGUUAUUUUGUUUGUGUUCACUUCCGGUAGCCAUAUUGGCUUACACGUCAUUUCCGGCACAUUGCGCGCUUAUUGUGUUUGCGUUUUUAGUUGUCGUCUGGAACGGUGCCACAUACUACAUGCACGUCUUUAAUGUGAAAGGAUUGGAAAAUGACCUAUAGAGUUAGCAACCCGUAUAUAAUAAUGAUAUUGGGACAAACACGAUCAAAAUGAUUUAGAUUUCAAUCACUUUGAUACCAUCACGGACAUAAACAACAGAUUAUUUUUAUGUCCGUGAUACUAUGUACACUAACAGUUUUGCUAUUUGGCAAUGCUUGACAGCAUACACACCUUUUAACCACAAGGCGUGUUACCGAGAGUUCGCUUCUACUUGUUGUAUGCAUGUAUUAAUGUUUCUGAAGUGGAUAAUGGCAAUUACUAAGAGCUAAUAUUUUCCACUAGAAUUUGUGCAUGCCUUCCUGUUUCCAUAGUCAAACAUUUGUUCAGAUUUAAUGUAAAUACCAAUGACGACUAUUUAUAAGUUGUAAAACCGAUGUCUCUUGUUGAUUGUUGUUAUAUGGCCAUACCAACAUCGUUCUAUGUAAAGCUGCUACGGACGGAUAUGUUUUGGGCUUCCCGAUAAAUAAUAGAACACAACAUUUUAAAUGAUCAACGAUUUUUCCGAAUAUGUCUUAACAACAUGCUUCAUACUUUGUUCUAGUAUUCUUAGCAUUUAAUAUCAGAAAUGGAUGCAUUCUGUGUGACUCCCAUGAUCAACACACUUAACUACAAGUUUUAUUUGAACUGUUUUUGCAGUGGAAAUCUAUCUAACAAUUGAGAAUGAUCCAGAAUGGAAUAAAGAGGCUCUGGUGUCUAUAUAAUACAUCGGAUGUAACUCAUAUAUUUUUUUCGGGAGUUUGUUUUUCAAGAUGACUAGAAAGGUUUUCGUACUAAAGGUUGACGUUAAACAUAAAACAAUUUGGUAUGGCAUUAUGUUGCUUCAGAGACUGCCCCUUUUCAUACAUAACUGCAAUUACGAUUCACGUAAAAUGGAUAACAUCCAGUUUUGUUUUAAUAUAAGAAAUAUUAUCCUUGUCUUAAAUAUUUCUGUGUAUGAAAAGUAACAUCCGAUUACAAAUGGAAAAUUGAACUGCCACACAAAAGAACCUGCGUAGUAGCACAUGCAACGUUUCCAACAAAAGUGACGUCUACUCCAGAUACAGAACAGAACAGAAUGUUUAUUUAACUUAGGCAUAAUAUACAGCUCAUCGUUAUAAGCACAAAAUGAAAAAAAAAUAGCAUGCAUGUGAUAAAUAAGUAAUGCCGCAAUAUGGAUAUUUUGGUAACUAUACCAACAAUACAUAUGGUAUACACAAACUUAACACAUUUAACAGCAAUAAAAUGUGAAAAUGUCAUAUAUUUGUGUCUCGUCUUCUAUAUCGUUUAAAUGGCACAUUGUGCAUUUUCUAUCUUGUCUAGGGAUAUUGCUAUGUCUACCUAGUUCAAAAGACAAAUUAUGCGAGGACAAUUAGAGUUUAGCUAAAACAUCAAUUUCCUAUUAUUUUAUAUUAUCCAGUAAUACCAUGUAGUUAGACAAUUUGAAUGUAUGUUUAACUUCCUUAAAAACAUACAAUGAUGACUGUGUCUCCAUGGUAGCUCGCCAACUAGUUAUUUAUACAUCCCUUAAUCUAUUUCUAAACAUGGGGACACAUGGAUUUAUAUUCCCGUGGGCAAGAUAAGAAUUUCUAGCAAGGUUAAAUUAUUGGAUCUACUUAUCUGAGGUGGGAGAAAAGUAGAUCCAAUGAUUUAACCAUGCUAUAAAUUCUUAUCUUGCCCACGGGCGAAGAUAACGUGCCCGUAUGGAACUCCUUUUUAAUGGUCACCACAUUGUAAUUACCUCCCUUGUUGAUGACUGUCGUCUGUAGCAUCAUGGAAGCAUUGUCUUGUGGCAAUAUUUAGAACGCUAAUUAACUAUUUCACGCUUCAAAUGUCACCUUAAAACAGUUUUCACGCAUCUUUCAAGAAAUAUUGCUUCACUCUCCUUAGAAAUAUUUAGAGACCGAUUUGACUAUUAACAUAAUCUGAAUCACUGCGCGCAUAUCCAUGACAACCACGAAUGAUCGCAUAUCCAUACGCAAUUAUUUUCACUAAGCACAAGAGUUCCAGCAAAAAAUACAUCUUUACUUAAUUUUGUUUAACUGAGGUGGGAGAAAAAGCAUCUACAAUAGCCGCUCGUCUAAGAUAGGUUCAUCCCGACCCUCGCGCAGGGUGUUUUGUGGAAACUCGGUAAACCUCGUUUCCGCAAAACACCAUACGCUCGGUUCGGAAUAAACCUAUCUUACACUCUCGGCCAUGGAAGAUACUUAUAAUCUGUUUUGUCUUUGUAUAAUUUAAGGAAAUACUUAAUGACGCGAAUAUGUCUCUCAAUAUAUAGCGGAAAUCUGCCUAGCUUUCAAUGAAGUGACAAUUAAUUUGUGGAGCGCUUGACAUUAAGCACCCACUUGCAAAAUUUCCUAUGUACCCUUUCUAGCACCUCUGGUUGAAUAUAGCCCCACACUUCUGAAUUAUAGUUAAGAAUUGACAAAACAAAUGCAUCAAACAAGUUGAACAUUAUAUCAAUAGGGACCUGGUUACGUUUGAUUAAAGCUUUAAGUGAGCUCAUAGACCGAUAUAAGGGAAGGACGAGAACACAUAACUUCACACAGUAGGGACCUGGUUACGUUUGAUUAAAGCCUUAAGUGAGCUCAUAGACCGAUGUAAGGGAAGCACGAGAAAACAUAACUUCACACAGUGGCACAUGUUCAUUGACCAAUACACUAGAUAUCUAAAGCAUGUAAUAUUCAAUGCUAAAAUCAUAUAGAAGAUAAUUGUGUGUAAGAUUGCAAUACAUUUCACAGAGAGCACGAAAAUGCAUAUUUAGUUUCAGUGUUCUUUAUGUGAAAUAUAUUGCGAUCUAACACGAAAACUAGCAAUUAAUAUUUCUUAUGCUUCAAAUUGUUUAAAAACAGUAUUACAUUGAUAUUUUUUCACAAAUCGCACCUUUAGCCAAAUGACGCCAAAUCGAAACAAAUCGUCAUUUAUUUUUCACACAAGAAUUGAUGUAUGCGUUAACGUUUGUUUGCUUAGAGUGAAACGUGUUGGAAUGAGAGAAAGUUCGAAACGAUGAGUUUAUCAGGAUAUAAUUCACCGUUAUUUUUUCGAUAAAUCACUGAAAAAACAUGAAAUGAAUCGUAACAUUACAUAACAUUUUUAUGGAUCGCCUCAAUACAAAAGAUGGUUUGAAUCACAGGCAGCAGUUACGUUGACAGGACCCACCCUAUGGCCACCCCCUCUAAAAAAAAAUCAAGACCAAAAAUGAUUGGAACAUGAUCAUUUAUCAUAAAAACAUUGGGUUGGUCCUGUCAACGCAACUGCUACCUGUGGUUUAAAUAACCAAAGCGCAAAGAGAAGAAAACAUGUAUGUCAUUAUAAAGCUACGAUAUACUGCUUUGAAUAAUAAUGCUUAACUUUUAACAUGUUGAAAUCAUUGUUAGUUCAUAUAUGUAUAUAUGUAUAAUGCACUCUCGCAUUUAUCAACUAUUGCCAUGCCAUGUGUUAUGUUAUUGUAACAACGAUGAACUGUAUAUGUUCAAGUUAACAAUACAUUUUCUGUUCUGUUUUCUGUUCUAUAAAAAUCUCCACCAUCUUUAAUAUGAUAAUUGUGUAGCCUAGUGAGAUUUUAGUGGUUUACAAACUAACCAUUGACCAAUUAUCUCCCUUAUUAUAAAUUGACCGAAACCAAUUUUGGUUGGACACAGCUAUUUUUAGAAAACCAGUUAGAUGAGAGCCUUUGUCCAGAACAGGUCGUUGUGGAAUACAUGUUUGUUUUAUAAGUUUUAAAUAAGGAUCUUGGAUCAUUUUACAUCUGUUAUGUACUCAUGAUUUGAUAUUAUCAUAAAUGAUAACCAUUGUGUUGCAUUUAUUUUGAAUUUGUGUUUUUGACAUUUCCAAGUAAAUUACACAUUUUCUUGAGAUGGUUGAAAUGGCAGUUACUUUGACACCCAGUUUUGUGCAUGAAUUGUUUAUGCAAUGAUUAACUUGCAGACUAUAACAGCACUGUGAGAGAUGUAGUGUGACAGUGAGAGCCAGAGAUGUUGCUGUGCUGAGUUGUUGUUGAUGGCACUUGAUUCCAUAAAUAUUGUGUUGACUAUUCGACUUCGAGUGUUUGACAAUUCGACUACGAGUAUUUGACUAUUCGACUACGAGUAUUUGACUAUUCGACUACGAGUAUUUGACUAUUCGACUACGAGUAUUUGACUAUUCGAUUGUAAGAUUACUCCGUUAUUUAGUUAUAUGAACUGUACAGCGUAUACCGUGUAUUUAUGCACGCAUUGAU